AUCCAUUUCGAGAAUAAUCAAAAGAAAAGCUAUUGCCUAUAUCAAUACUCAUCCCUCUUGCACCUGAAGACUUUGGAGGAAUGUAGAGAGAUUCCACAAAACCCAAAAAAACAAAACACUUCAGAUUUCAUUUCGAUCGUUAUUCCUCCGAUUUUUUUGAUUGAUCGUUUUUUUUUUCAAAAAAAAAAAUCGAACCGUUCAAUAUAUCAUUGAACGUAAUAAGAGCAUAUGUUUCUGAUGCAAAAGUGGCAAUCCGGGGUCUCUCUUGUUAGUUCUUGAUGGAUAACAUCAACUUUGAAUUCUCAAACGCUCUGCAAGGAAACCGGCUACAUACGCAGCCGCAACCGCCCCAACCGUUUAAUUUACAAGACGUGAAUAUGAUCCAUUACAAUCAAUCAUCUCCAUGGACGACCGAAACGUUAUCGGGUUUUACUCCAUACGAUUGCACAGCCAAUCAGUCUUUCUCCGUACAAUGUUCAUCAUCAAAGCCCUAUCCUUCCUCGUUUCAUCCGUACCACCAUCAUCAAUCUUCGGAUCUUCCCUCUUUAGACCAAUCCCAAUCGAUGGUUCCUGUGCUACCUCUUCCGGAUCAAUAUCUAAAGCCAUUUUAUCAAAGAUCAUGCGCGAACGAUUUUGCCGCAACAAAAGCUUCAUCAGCCUCAUACUCUCUUUCUUUUGAAGCAAGUCAAGCUGAUCCACAAGAACUAUGCAGGAGGACCUAUAGUAAUUCUAAUGUGACACAACUCAAUUUCUCAUCGUCAUCACAUCAUCAAUCUAAGCAAACUCAUCCAAGAUUAUCUUCUCCUCCUUCCUUCUCAACCCAUGGAGGCUCCAUGGCUCCUAACUGUGGGAACAAGACACGGAUAAGAUGGACUCAAGAUCUUCAUGAGAAGUUCGUGGAGUGCGUAAAUCUCCUUGGUGGAGCUGAUAAGGCAACGCCCAAGGCUAUAUUGAAGCUGAUGGAAUCUGAAGGACUAACAAUAUUUCAUGUUAAAAGCCACUUACAGAAGUAUAGGAUCGCGAAAUACAUCCCUGACUCUCAAGAAGGCAAGAUUGACAGGAGAUCUAAUUGUGGCAAAGAGCUGUCUCAGCUUGAUACAAAAACUGGAAUGCAAAUUAAAGAGGCACUCCAGCUUCAGCUAGAUGUUCAGAGGCAUCUUCAUGAACAACUAGAGAUUCAACGAAACCUACAGCUGAGAAUCGAAGAACAAGGGAAACAGUUGAAAAUAAUGAUAGAACAACAACAAAAAACAAAAGAGAGUCUUCUGAAGUCACCGAACGCCGAAGUAUCGUUGCCUCUCUCCGCUUCCAUUAAUCACUCUCCACCUUUCUCGAUAUCAGACGCCGACGAAGCCUUGACGGUAACAAGUUAUGGACACACUCAGUUCCAAUCAAAGAUAAGUUGAACAACGAGAGAUUUUUUAAUAGAAAAGGCCUAAAGCAUGUUUCUACUCUAUUCAAAGUGGUAUAAAGUCAUAAGAGUCGCGACAAGAGAAUGUCCAAAGUGCUACGCACACUAACACUUGGAACAGAAUCAGGUACUUACGGUGUGCAAGUGGUGUGUGAUGGUGUCUCAGUCAUAGACUAUAAUAGAUGUGUGAGAUUAUAAUUUUAAUUAGCUAUUUAUUUUUUGUUUUUGUUUUAAAUCUCACACGAAGAGAUAGCUUCUUAAAUUAGUAACGCUAUUUUUAACUUUGUGCAUGAGGAAUCCCACGUUUUAUUCUUUUGCUUUAUUUAAAUAUUAUCUACUUUGAAUAUUCA